CUUUUCUCCCUACGCUGAGUUUGCUGAAACCUUUGUGAAACGUGAAUGAAAAGACUAACAUGGCGAAAGAACACCGUACAUUCAAAGAGGAGUGCUCUUAUAUUGAGCGCUUAAAUGGAAACUCGUUUCUUAUCAAGAAAGGCUUUGUCUCAAACAUGAAGGUAAGUGAACGCGCGCCAAACAUCGGAUCGGAAGCCCAACUCCAGCUGACUAGCGUGCGCGUCAAAAUACAUGUCCAACGAUUUAAUACGUGAGAAUGAUGAUGAUAAGCUAUGUUCAUCGAAAUAAAUCCCCGUACAUCUGCCAUAUCUGUCAAAGUAAUUUCCUUUUUUGAACUAAGUUUUGUUUCAAGAAAAAUUGUUUCUGGGACAACUAGAUCCCCCCCCCUCCACCUUUUCAACCCACGUUACGAUCAAAUCCUAUCCCCCUGCCACCCUCUCUCAUGUCAGGAAUAUUUUCAUUUUUUGUUUUGUUUUGAUCCAGUCAGUCAAUUCACGAACUACAGUCAAACCAGUCUUCAGUGGCACUGUAUAAUUUUAAGCACUCAUCCUGUAUUGAAUGCCAUUCCCAUGGGUGACGGCUUAAUACAGGUUUGACUGUAAUGGAGAAUUGUAUUUGUCCUCACUUCCUCCAUCAAACCCAAAUUAUAUCCAUGAUUGAAUUCAUGAGCCCUAAUUUCUCUCAUUUUCCUCAAGUUACUAACUGUGGCAUUUUUCUGGAAAUUGUCAAUGUAAGAAUGUUCUAAUUAGUUGGUACCAUAAACAAAUUUUUACAUACUGUUUCAGAUAUAAGACUAGUAGAGGUGUACGUUGCAGCUAUUCAACUCCAAAGUUUAAACUAUUCUUUUUUUUUUCCUUUAAAGGUUGAAGGUAUCUUCUAUAAAAAUGAGUUGCUUGAAAAGCCAAUGUUUGAUGAGCUGAAGCACUGGGCUGGAACUCAAGGUACAGUACUCUGAACAUUUGGAAUAUAAUACUGUUGUAUUUCCUGCAUUUGUCUUAUUUCUUUUAUACAAUUAAAUGAAAUUCCUCUCCAUGUAUUGGUGGUUUCCUUCUUGGUGUAAAGCAGAUUGCAAAUAUUGCAGCUUUGCCUGGAAUUGUUGGUGUAAGAAUGAUCAUAACUUUUUCUUGUUGAAAUUACAACUUAGUUUAAUUGAAACUUGUUCAAUCCUGGACCCAGUUGUUCAAAGGCUGAUAAGUGCUAACCCAGGGUUAAAUUUUAAUCAGGGUAUGUUUAAUUCUUUGCUUAAAAGCCUUUUUAGAAAAAUUUGCUAUAGUUUUUCUAGGACAUCCAAUCUUCAAAUUGCAGACUAAAAGAAUUGUACAUACUGAAUUUUAUUUGAAAGCUUUCAGAUAUGAAAUCAGAUUUCACACUGACCAUUAGUUAUCUAAACUCAGCUUUUAACGAAGGGACCCUGUACUCUUGGGAAGUAGAGAAAGUAUAAAGUGGAGAUGACAGAAGAGUUUCUUGCUAUACAGUUUGUGUUUCCAUAGUAUUUUUACACAAAGAUUUCACUUAAAGUGAUGCCAAAUAGAGCAUCCAGUUAUCCAGUUAGAUCCAGGUAUCCCAUUAUUUUAGAAUGUGGGUUUAUUGAACUUUCUCUGUGGUAAAAGUUUUAUUUCCUUCUCAAUAAAUUUAGGAAAUUCUGAAAUUGAAUUUGUCAUCUCUGAAAGAACUUGUCAUCUCAUCAAUCAAACUUUAUGAAUGACAAUAUACCCCCAGCCAGAGCAAUUUUUAAUCAUUCUCUUUUGUUGAAAAGUACUUAAUUUUGAUAAAACGCCAAAACAAUACCACCAAACAACGAUAUCAAAAAAGGCUAUGUAUCUCAGUUUCUAUUCUGAAAUGUUUAUUCAUAUUUUUUUUACUUGGCCUUCAGAGAUCAGUUGGACAACCAAAUGUUCAUUCUGGCUAUGGGUUUGCUAUUGGUAAGUUACAAUUCACACAUUUGUGAUAAAUAAGGUGACAUUUUGUCGUGAAUAUGUUUGUUGAUUGUAGUUGUUUGAAGUAUGGUGUCAUGUUAUUAAAAAAAAAAAAAUCAUACUUAAGUUAUUUGUCAACAAUGAAGUUUCCUCGUCAUAACUCAAAGUGAGAGCCCUUUGAUGAAGUUUAUAGUUUCUUUUCAAACUGGUAAUGUGCUUAAAACAACUUCGGUUGGUCAUGGUGAAAAAUUCACUUUCUGAAUUCAGUAUAGUUGUUUGUCUUGCUAUUAAGUCACUUUGGAUGUGGAGCGUGACUUUAUGACUGCAUAUCGUGUCUUCUUCAUGCUAUAAGGUUGGUAGAAAUGCAUGACAUUAUGAAACUCUCUGUUUGGCUGUGAUUGUCUGGAAUCCCACACAGUAGCAUGGUGAGGUUAUCGCUAUAACUCUCUAGGUGGAGAUUAGCAAUAACGGCAGAGACCAUACUCACAGCUGCGCCUUCUGUCUUUCGUAAAUUGGUCCAAGAUAAUAAGAGUAUGUAGACCUCAAUGCAAGGUUUGAAAAGUCUGCAAUCUGACAAACGGUUAUACUUCAUAUCAAGCGCUAGUGUCAUCAUCAAACGUUCAUUUAGUUACAGCAUCUAAUGUGUUCAGUGUAAAUGAUAUUGGAAUACCUCUGAUUUUCCAUGGAUAUGUUAUUUAUUUACCUCUUAGUUCAACCAAAUGUGGAUAUUUCUGGAGCAAGCAAUCUCAUCACAGAAGAAAGAUAACAAAGGAGGAGGAAGGGUGGUACACUUGUAAGGCAAAGAAUGCAGCUGGCUUUUCCACCAAAGACAUUGAAAUUUCUGUAAAGUGUGUGUUUGUAAAGCUCACAACUGUAUUCUAAAUCAAUCAUGCAUUUGAUAUGUCUAAGAAGUGUGGAUCAAUAGUCAGUGGGCCUGACUUUAGAUUAAGGGGUCUGGGUCUGAGCUAAGGGUAGGGUCGUCGUAGAAAAUUAUGGGAAAAAUUGAAAAAAUGCAAGGGCUUUCAACUAUUACCUGCAACCGAUUCACCAGCGAGGACCAGGUCCUGGAUGAGUAAUUUGUCACACCACUUGAUUAGCUUUUUAUUGCAAAGAACUGGAAAGUCUCUAUACUUGUUCUUUUGUUCAUGUUAUAAAAUAUGAUGGUUUCAUGGGUAAGUUAGUAAUAUAGCAGCCUGACUGACAUGGCUUUUGAAAGCAUUUGUUUGAUAUUAUCAAAAAGUGGUCCAUUGUCUUCUUCUUCUUCUUCUUCAUUUUAAUUGUUAUUUAUUUAUUUAUUCCUUUUUUUAAUAUUAUUUUUUUUCUUUUUGCAUGUGGGAGGGGGGGGGUGGUUUCUAAUUUUGCAAUUUUUGUUCAUGUGCUUACUUUGCAGCUCCACCCCGUGUUAGUAAUAAUUUUGUAACUUUUGUUCAUAUGCUUACUUUGCAGUUCCACCCCGUGUUAGUAAUAAUUUUGUAACUUUUGUUCAUAUGCUUACUUUGCAGUUCCACCCCGUGUUAGUAAUAAUUUUGUAACUUUUGUUCAUAUGCUUACUUUGCAGUUCCACCCCGUGUUAGUAAUGAGUCUAGAAAUAUCACCAUUGCAUUGAACUCCACAUUUACAAAAGAGUGUUAUUUGAGAGGUGAUCCACAAAUCACGUCUGUCAACUGGACCAAGGAUGGAGUGCUCCUUAGUAAAAACAACACCUUGGUUAUUAGACAAGUGAUGUUUAAAGAUAAGGGCAAUUAUGAAUGUACUGCUAAAAAUGAUUAUUGCAAAGCAAACUCUUCCUUCUGGAUCCAUGUCACAGGUGAACUUUAUAUUGUAGUUUAUGUCAUUUAUCAAACUUUUAACUUAACAAAGCAUUUGUUUUAAAGUUUGAGCCAAAUUUUAAUAGACCUAUUUUUUUUCUCUUUUCAUCCAUUUCCUUUGAAAAUGUUGACGACCAAGGAACUAAGGAGUCAUGAUCUUAUGAUACAUUUUCAUUAGAGUUAAAGGUAGUUCAUCAACUUGGAUAUGAGUGUAUCAUUGCCUAAAUAUUAAUGACUGAAGUUGGAAAGAGAUUACAAAGGAACAUUCAUAUAACUUGUUUCAAAUUACCAACUUUAGUACUCUUUUUUCUAGAAAAAGGUUCCUGGUCACAUACAGUUGAUUCUGACUUACACGCACCCAGAUUGUAAAUGAAGCUAAAUCCGUA